UCCAAGGGCGCCGCUCUUCGGCACCCCGCCCCGAGAAUCCCCUCCCUUUUCUGUCCCAGCACCCCCAGAUGUCUCCGGGGUUCACGGAUAGCAAAACCUGGCCUCAUAAAACAUCUAGGAACUUAAUUGGAUCAAGGGAGCCAGUUCUUCGAACCUGAACAAUGACUGCUGAAUCAACGGAUGGUGCAGAUUUGUCUCCACAGGCCACCCAGGAGAUGGAAGGCAUAGUAAUAGUGAAAGUGGAGGAGGAAGAUGAAGAUGAGGAAGACCAUUUUCAAAGGGAAAGAAAAUCUCCACAGCUUAUUAGUCGGUCCACAACCAUGAAUGAAAGAGCCUUAUUAUCAUCAUAUUUGGUUGCCUAUCGAGUGGCAAAAGAGAAAAUGGCUCACACAGCUGAAAAAAUUAUCCUCCCAGCAUGUGUGGAUAUGGUACAUACAAUUUUUGAUGAUAAAUCAGCUGAUAAAUUAAGAACUAUACCUCUUAGUGAUAAUGCAAUAUCUCGUCGAAUCUGUACGAUUGCAAAACAUUUAGAGGUGAUGCUUAUUACACGGCUGCAGUCUGGUAUAGAUUUUGCAAUCCAACUUGAUGAGAGCAUGGAUAUUGCAAAUUGCCCAACACUCUUGAUUUAUGUCAGAUAUGUGUGGCAAGAUGACUUUAUAGAGGAUCUCUUGUGUUGUUUAAGUUUAAAUUCACUUAUAACGGCUUUAGAUUUAUUUACUGAAUUAGAAAAGUGCAUUGUUGGUCAAUAUAAAUUGAACUGGAAAAAUUGUAAAGGAAUUUCAAGCGAUGGAGCAGCCAACAUGACUGGGAAGCAUAGCAGGGUUAUUGACAAGUUGUUAGAAGUAACACAUAACAAUGCUCUUUGGAAUCACUGUUUUAUUCAUCGAGAAGCUUUGGUAUCCAAAGGAAUUCCACCGAGUCUAAUGGAUGUAUUGAAAAACACAGUGAAAAUUGUUAAUUUUAUUAAAGGAAGCUCCUUAAACAGCCGGCUUCUCGAAAUAUUUUGUUCAGAGAUUGGAGUUAACCAUACUCCCUUACUAUUUCAUACAGAAGUUCGUUGGCUGUCUCAAGGAAAAGUAUUGAGCAGAGUAUAUGAACUCAGGAAUGAGAUUUACAUUUUUCUCACUGAAAAGCAAUCUCAAUUGGCAAAUAUUCUUGAAGAUGACCUAUGGGUAACAAAACUGGCAUAUCUAAGUGAUAUUUUUGGCAUUCUUAAUGAAUUAAAUUUGAAAGUACAGGGGAAGAACAAUGAUAUAUUUCAGUAUCUUGAAUGUAUUCUAGGAUUCCAAAAGACAUUAUUGUUGUGGCAAGCAAGACUUAAGAGCAAUCGCCCUAGCUACUAUAUGUUCCCGACACUGUUGCAGCAUACUGAAGAGAACGUUAUUAAUCAAGACUGCUUAAAAGAAAUAAAAUUGGAGAUAUUGAUGCAUCUCACUUCUUUCUCUCAAACCUUUCAUCAUUACUUUCCAGAAGAGAAACUUGAAUCAAUAAAGGAAAAUAUUUGGAUGAAAGAUCCCUUUGUUUUUCAAACCCCAGAAUCAAUCAUUGAGUUAAACUUGGUGCCUGAAGAAGAGAAUGAAUUAUUGCAGCUCAGUGCAUCAUUCACACUGAGGAAUUAUUAUAAGACAUUAAGUCUGUCAGCAUUUUGGAUUAAGAUUAAAGAUGAAUUUCCACUGCUUAGUAGAAAGAGCAUAUUGCUGUUAUUACCAUUCACAACUACCUAUUUGUGUGAACUAGGAUUUUCCAUCUUGACACGAUUAAAAACAAAGAAAAGAAACAGGCUCAAUAGUGCACCUGACAUGCGUGUAGCCCUAUCCUCAUGUGUUCCUGACUGGAACGAACUUAUGAACAGGCAAGCACACCCAUCGCAUUAAGUGCGAUGAAAUGUGCUUAAUGAAAAGUGCUGUGAAAUGUUGUUUUUGUACUUUUUAAGGGUUUCUUUGGUAGACUGUAUUUAUUAAGGAAAUUAUAUUUGGAAUUUACAUUUCAUUUUCCUGUGUAGUAUUUCAUGAAACUUGUUUCAGCUACAUGGGUUAUAUAACUGUGUAUCCAGAAUAAUAAUGUGAAAUAUUUUUCUGGGGAUUACUGUCAGUUUUGAAAACCAGCCCUUUUUGCAUGUAGUCUUAUACUCUGAUCCAUUCCCCUAUCCACCGCUGCUGCCUUGUUUCUUUCUUUCAGGCAGAGCC